AUGCAUUUCGUCAAGUCCAUUUUCCUUCUGGGCCUUCUGGCGGUCCAAUCCCUGGCAGGGCCCGUCCGUGUUCCCCGAAAUGAGAAGAACUCGGCUCUUGCGGCCUAUGUUGCGGCUCGUGAUGAGCCCGUUGGGAAGAGAGCCGCACCCCCUGCAGACUUUGUGGAUUGGCCAGCUGGUGAGGUGGUCGACAUGAGCGCGCAUGGUUCAGCCCGUCGCGGAGAGGCACUCACCCAAGACGACGACAACGACAAGUUCCUUGCCCACAUCUCCGCCGUCAACUGGCAGGCACAGCUGAACAGACUGUACGAGGCCACAGACCUUUCCAGUCCGCGAGUCCGGAUCUUCGUUCCCCGUCCCGUCGAGGGCCCAAUGUACGACAUCCAGAAUUCCUGGAACGAGGACGUCAUCUCGCACAUCAACGGACAGUGGGGCGAAGACUACAGCAUCGAUGUCAAGAUCCGGGACGGGAGCCGUAACGAUGAUGUUGGGGGUUCGCGCCUGUGGAUCGACGGAAACAACAACGUCCACUGGAGCGUUACCGGGCAGGUGAUCUGA